AUGUCGACGACACCCGCACGCCAAUCGACCCCCCGCGUCUACACUCCGGUGGAUCACAUCCGUCCAGAGUUAAAGAGCAUGUCACCCUACACCCCGAUCCUUCCGUACGAAGUUCUUGCCGAACGUCUCAACCGCUCCCCCGCUGAUAUCGUCAAGCUUGACGCCAACGAAAACCCAUAUGGGCCCGCCCCAGCCGUCGCCAAGGGACUUGCCGAUGCGCAGUACUUGCACAUAUAUCCAGACCCCGCCUCCGGUUUCUUGAGAGAUGCCUUGCAAGACUAUACUGGCUUGUCGAAGGAGUAUUUGCUUGCAGGCGCCGGCGCGGAUGAGCUUAUUGACCUGCUGUUUAGGUUGUUCAUUGUGCCAGGAAAAGGUCAUUCUGUUAUUAACUUACCGCCGACUUUUGGGAUGUACAAGUUUGAUGCUGAUGUCAACGGGGCAGACGUGGUCAACGUGAAGCGCAAGCACGGGUCUUUUGCAGUUGAUAUUGAGGCCGUUGAGCACGUGUUUGAAAACGCUGCGCCGGAAGAUUACCCAAAGAUAAUCUUCGUCGCCAGCCCGAACAAUCCAGACGGAUCUGUGGUGUCCGAUGACGUCUUGCGCCGGCUGCUUGCGCUUCCCACGCUUGUCGUGCUCGACGAGGCCUAUUUUGAGUUUGCGCAAGACAAUCGCCUUCUCUGGGUGCCGCGCUACGACAACCUCGUUGUCCUACGAACUUUCUCCAAAUGGGCCGGGCUAGCGGGCAUGCGCGUCGGCUACGGUGCGUUUCCGCUUGGGAUCAUUGAGCACUUGUGGAAGAUCAAGCAACCUUACAACGUCAGCGUCGCGUCGCAGAUCGCCGCCGUAGCCUCGAUACGAGAGAAGGGCAACUUGUUGGCCAAAGUGGAACGCAUGAUAGCGCAGAGGGGAUUAUUCUACAAGGAGGUUAAGCGGUUCGACUGGUUGACUCCGUUUCCGUCCCAGUCCAACUACGUUCUGUGUCGUGUUGCGGGGGGGAGGACUGCAGCGCAAGUCAAGGAACAACUGGCAGAGCGCGGGAUUUUGAUCCGGUACUACACAGCUAAAGGACUUGCCGAUUGCAUCCGAAUAUCGAUGGGCACAGAAGAACAGAUGAAGCGGUUAUACGAGGCGCUCGUGGAGCUGUGA